AUGUCAACAGAUUUGACGGAGGAGGAGUCGUUGUCCGGCAAGGAUUACCAAGAUCCACCGCGUGUUAAGAUUUUCGAGGCGAGGGAGCUAGGAAAAUGGUCCUUCUAUAGAGCAGUCAUCGCCGAGUUCAUAGCUACUCUCCUCUUUCUAUACGUCACCGUCUUGACAGUCAUCGGUUUCAAGAGCCAGACGGAUCUCCAAACCGGCGGUGGAGCCUGCGCCAGCGUCGGCCUUCUUGGCAUCUCUUGGGCCUUCGGUGGCAUGAUCUUCAUCCUUGUCUACUGCACUGCAGGAAUCUCUGGUGGGCACAUUAACCCCGCAGUGACGUUUGGACUAUUCUUGGCUAGCAAGGUGUCGUUGGUGAGAGCUAUAUCAUACAUAGUGGCUCAGUGUCUCGGAGCGACUUGCGGAGUUGGUUUGGUGAAAGUCUUUCAGAAGACUUAUUACAACCGUUAUGGCGGUGGAGCCAACGUCCUCGCCGAUGGAUACAACGUUGGUGUUGGUGUUGGUGCUGAGAUUAUCGGCACUUUUGUCCUUGUCUACACGGUCUUCUCUGCUACAGACCCCAAGCGUAAUGCCCGUGACUCUCACAUUCCUGUAUUAGCCCCAUUACCAAUUGGAUUUUCCGUGUUCAUGGUUCAUUUAGCUACAAUCCCAAUCACUGGAACCGGAAUUAACCCGGCUAGGAGUUUUGGAGCUGCAGUCAUCUACAACAAUCAAAAGGCUUGGGAUGAUCAAUGGAUCUUCUGGGUGGGUCCAUUUGUGGGAGCAGCCAUUGCAGCUUUGUACCAUCAGUUUGUGUUGAGAGCUGGUGCUAUGAAGGCUUAUGGGUCAGUCAGGAGCCAGCUUCACGAGCUUCACGCUUAG